AUGCCGCUCUACGGGCUGCCCGGGCUGCCGGGCGGGAGCUGCGCGGUGGCCGCGGGCGCCUCGAUGAUUCUGUGCACCUCGGGACUGGCGCUGCUGCGACGGACACGGCCAAAUGUGGAGGAAGAUCCGAGUGAGGAAGGGGAAGGUUGCUUCGAUGACGACUCCUGCGGGAACUUUCUGGGACUUCUGGGUGCUGUGCAGUUGUAUGCUGGCUUGGUCCUGGGCGAGCUGCCCUUUAUUCUUGGAGUCUCAACGGACGACGAGGGCAAGAUCGUGGCAUUACUCUUGAACUGUUUGAUUUUGGCCUGCUGGUUGGUGGAACGCUUUUGGCUCACCGAUGCUCCACUGCCGGCGAUCCAGAAUGCCAUUUGCCUCGCGAUCGGCUUGGCCUCCACAUUGAUCGACUGGGCAGGUCCUACCCCCUAUGACGACAUGCGCUUGGGCUUUGCCAGCCAGAUCGCAGGCUGUGAUGGUGGCUUCCGGUCACCCUUCAUCCUCUACGUGAGCGUUUGGGUGACCGGUUUGGUCUUUGGGGUCCUGCUGCUCAUUCUGGAGGAGGGCUCACUCUUCUCCAGCUGGCAGUGGGAAAAGGGCCUUGCCGUCCGACAGAAGGCGCUGCCGGUGGUCUAUGGCCUGGCCACCUCCAUGUCGUGUGUGAUCUUUGCGACAGGCUCUGCGAGCAAUGACUUCAGGUGGGUCACAGCCGGAGUGCUUCUGCUGGUGGUCUCAGUGCUUUGCGCUUGGGAUGCCUUGUGGUGUUUGGACAUGAACCUGGCCACCUUUGCAGCCCUCUUCCAUGGAUUCUCCACGGCCCUACGAGCCAUCCAGAACCAUGCGGUCUUUCGCGAUCUGCGUUGGGACCCUGAGGAUGCCCAAGGGCUCUUGGCCGUCUACGAGACUCCGGGCCUCCAGAUCUUCAUGUUUGGGAUGCUGCUGAUGUUCCUCUCCCUGCAGUUUUACUUGGCCACGUGCCAUUGGACAGAAUGGAGAGCGAGUUCCGAGACCUCGGAGAACGGGCACCUCUACGAUGAAGUGCCCCUGGCCCAGGGAAAGAUCAAGGAUCAUGAUAGCGAGAUUGAGCCAGAGGAGAUGUGUCGUGAAAGCCAUUGGUGGCAGUGGGUCUUGCUACCGAUCUGUAUGACUUGCCAGAUCAUUGGCGUGCAUGUGCCCCUGAUCUUCACAGAGUGUAUCUUCCCCAAUCUGACCUGGGUCCAAGAUGACCCGAAAGGCUACAAGAUGUCACAAGGCGAGUCCUACAUAGAUGUCAUUCGCUGGCUCUACCAGCGGCGCUUGCCUUGCUCCGCCCUCGUGGCAGCAUACAACGCCAUGCUCCUUCCGCCUUUCCAGUUCCUCUUGAUUUUUUUCAUCCUGCUGCGGCCUCGCUUUCUUCCAUCUGAACUUCGUCGCUCCAUGCAGAACUAUGUCAUGACCCUGGCACCAAUGCGCUUCACUCAGCCAUCCAUCAUGAUGUUGGUGGUUGGAGUGGCCAGCCUCCCCAUGGAGAAUCAGCACAGAGACAACCUGCAGUAUGGCGGGCACUUCACCAGUGGCUACUGGUUCUUCAUGACCUACUGCCUCACAAACCUCCUGCUUGCUUGGUCCGUUCAGCCACCUGAGCUGCCGGCUGAGCGCAAGGUGCCUGCAAAGAGACUACGCAGGGACCCACUCUUGCAGAUGGAGUUGAAGAAACAUUGGCGCACCGAGGGCGAGGAUCAGGACGAACUCUUCGAUGAGAGUCUUGGUGGCUCACGAGCGUCCUUGGCCGUCUCGGGCACCUUCGCUGCGGGGGUGGGUGUGGCGACGUGCAUCUGGGUGGCCCUCACGAACCCCUACUUGGAGUUUGAAUUUCGGAUUGCAGGUGUUGUGAUCCACAGGGUAACUCCAACCGUGCUGGACCUGUGGUACAGCAUUGGCUCCGUGAACCGCUUCCUGAUGUGCUACUGUGCGGCCACGCUGAUAGUUUUCCCACUACUUUGGCUUGUCCUCCUUGGCCGUCGCCUCGCGUCGGCACGGCGCCCGUGGCUCGAGCCGCUGCUGCGGCCCUUGGUGAUGUGCCACAUUUGGGCUGCUUCUUUGGUUCUGAUCUACUACAUCGUGGCUGCGCGGAACAAGAACACCCUGGAGGUCUGCGCGAGAUUCCCCAACGUACCUGUGGCAGCUGCUGCCAUCAUCUUGAUGGGUGCAGGCACCUUCGCCUUGAUCCAGCUGGCGAAAGGGCUCCGAGGCCAAGAGGUCCAGCCAGCUGCCCAGAUGACUUUGCCGCCAGGGGGGAAGGCAUUGUGGCUUGGAGGUCCCGCCUGCAUGAUGCUCGCCCUCGUCGGCUGGCUCUCGACGUGUGGCCCACAACGACCCCCAGUGCUGCAAAGCCUGCAGGAUUUGAACCAGCAGUUCGUUCGACUGGGACCGGUGGCGAACGAGCACUUGUACAAAGAUGUGAGCGAAUCCUUCGGCGAUUGUGCAGCGCUGCAGAGGUAUCAAGCUGAGCAAGGCGAGGCAUCCAAGAGCAUGAAGCAAUCCUGCUCGGGCAGCACAGCUUUGUUUCAGAAAGAGCUUCAAAUGGGCAGCCCACCACAGAGGCAUCUCAUUAAGACGGUGGUGCUGUGGGCCCAGGGGAUGAACACCUUGGAGGUGCAUCGCGUGCGCGUGCAGCCUCCCCCGAACCCAUUGGUGGCCACACAAGCUUGGCACCUGAAUGUCUCAGCGGCAUUUAAUGAUUUGCAUGUUUUCAUGAAGGUCUCGAUCGAUGACAAGGAGUGGUUCAAUGGCUACAUGUGCUGUGACCAGCCUUUUCAUUUUACGCUUCAAGUGGGCGUCUUGUGUCAGCAGCACCAGGGCUUUGAAGCCAUGGAGGUGAAGUUGCUGCAGAUGGACCAGGUGGCGUUGGCGCAUGACGCCGCAGUCAUGGAAGGUCCAGCUUGGGCAGCAGUGACCAGUGAUGUCGGGAGGCGAGAGAUGGUGAAGCAGGUUAUGGAGGACUUCCUCUCCCUCCACAAUGGCCAAGCUCUCUUGCAGAGCCUCAACAAGAAAGCCUCACAUGCGCGGCAGAUCGCCAGCGAUGUACUGUCGGACGUGGUCCGGCUGAAUACAGGUCAGAUUUGCGUGAAUGACCUUUGA